AUGGAAAAGUUUCACUCCAUUCAGGAGCAUCUCUACCAUUCUGACAACAGACAACUUCCCAUCGAAUACAUGGACGAUAUCCUUGAGCUACUCAAGUAUAUCAACAAUGAAAACCCAGAUUACCCAAACUCAGACCCUGACUUUAAGAAGUUCUUUUUUGGAUAGUUUCUAAGCGAGAUAUGCAAAGCUUUUGCUAAGUUUAGGGAAUUCAGAGACUAAGAAGAUGAUCAUUAAAGAGUUGUCUACGCAAUAGUCAUGGAACUCUGCGAUAUGUUUUCUAUUUAAAUAGAUAAAGACAACUUAGAAAUGUCAGAUGCAAUGAAGAAUCUUUUCGAUAUGACGAACAACAUUCACCUUCACUUGUUCCAAUCUGAGGAAAGUAUCACAGCUACAUCUGACCCUACAAUCAUUGACAAACUUUCCCUAGAAGAGAAAAACUGGAGACAGAGCCUUUAGAUUGGCUCAAAAGUCGAUGCCGUUAAGAUUGACUACGAAUUCAACCUGAAAAUGUGGGCAAAAGGCGAGAUCCAUUCUAUAGUAAAUGACAUCUUCCUUGUGGCCUUCGAAAACGACAUAAAGUCCCUGACUUCAAGGUUUCUGCCUUGGUACUCACCAGAAAUAGACAGAUACGAUACAAAAUCCUCGGGAGAUGAAUGGAGAGCUAGCCUUCAAAAAGGGGAUUUAGUCGAUGGAUACGACAGUACUAAAAAAUGGUAUCAGUCUCAAGUUCAAUACAGAGAGACCGUCAAAGAUGAAGACAGAGAAGUUCACAGACUUAGAAUAGGCUUUAGAAUUUAUCACCCUGAGGGUUCAAAGACUGAUGACGAUCAGAGAAAAUACUUUGGCUGGUCCGAGAAGUUCGAUGAGACGAUCCCAGCUUAUAGCCCAAGAAUUUAAAAAUUCUAAACAUUUGCAAAAGUUCCAGGGGACAAUCAGAAAAAUGUGAACAACAACUCCUAGUAUGAAGAAACUAUUGAUGACUAAAUGGAUCUACUGCUGUUUGGGAGGAUACCUGAAGAAGAACAAGUCUAUGCUGUUCUUAGAAGGAGAUGUAGAUCUUCACUUCUUGUGAAUUUCUUAAAUAGAUUCGGCUAGCUUGGCGGCUUCCAAAAGAUUCUCAAUAAAAUAGAAGAUGACUCUAAUGAAAAUCUCAGCCUUGACCUCAUUCAAAAUUACCUGGAAUGCCUUGUAAACUGUACUGGAAUGUUCAACAAAAUAUUCUUGGACAAAUUCUUGCCUAAACUUGAUGCAGCUGUGAGGAAAAGGCUUUUGAAUCUUUCACAAGCUCAGAUCAGAAACUUGAAAAAAGAUAAAAUUGAUAGCAUCAUAAGUUUCACCAUUGGUGGUCUCUAAAGUAGAAUGAAGACUUAUAAGCAGAGAGAGUAUGAAAAGAGCCUGCUCAGUCUUGAAGUUGGAUGCAUUUUCCUGGAGCAAAGCUUCUUGGAGAGAAGAAUCGACGGGGCCAAGAUGAUUUAAGAGGUUUGUAAAACCGCCAAUAUUAGUACUUUCACCUACAGUAUAGAUACGAUUCAAAACAAUCAAGAGAGAAUACAAGAUAGAAGUCUGAUCACAGAAGUUAUCUAGAGAAUAAAGCAAAGAAAGAGAACUGAGGAUCUACUGAAACUGCUUCUUAGUCAAAACUCACUUAAUCAAGAGGAACUUGAGUACAUUUGGAACUCAUUCAAAAUAGAUGAGGCAAUAAAGAUUGAACUUUUCAGAGUCUUCAAUGAGCUUUCAACAAGACUCAAAAUCAAUGAAGUCACAUUCAUAAUCACACAGAUAGAUCAAAUACCACUUCAAAAGUUGAUGAUGGAAGAGCUUGAACUUGUGCAUGAAUUGGCUAAGAGGACUCGAGGCUCAGAUACUCAAUAUGGUGUUUAAGCCAUUGAACUGUUCUGGAAGAUUAUAACAUCAAAUUUGGAGACUCUUGACAAGUAAAUCAUGAUUUAUGCAGCUAACUCUAUAAAUGAUAUCCUUAAGAAUUGGGAAAAUGCACAAAAGUUACCUUAUAUCAUAAGAGUCAUAGAGAAUAUUAAAAAUACUUUGAUAAUCAAAAGCUAUCCAGAAGAUGACCCAGAUGAUAUAUUCUCUGUUGAAAAUGGCAAAACUGACCAUUUAAUACCUCAGUAUUUCAAAAGCAGAAUGGACUUUAUUGAUUGGCUAGAGGAUGAUCACAAGCUAAUGUAGCUCUUCUUUGACAACUUCACUCAUUAUCUCUUUAAAGCUAGAAGAGGUUAUAGGAGUAAGAUGGAUAAUGAUCAAAACUUUGAUAAAAAGCCUAUCUUUGAUCAGACACUUGCAGAGGUGUUUAUCCAUUCAGAGUAAUUAAGCCAGAGAAUGGAAUUCUUGAGUUAUGUGAUCACACAUUCAAACAUAUACCUAGAAAAGGAAUAGCUUGGUAUACUUUGGGACGAGUUGGUGGUUCAUUCACUAACUAAUUAAGACUCAGAUAUGAUCUACAAAUGGCUUCAAGGAAUCUGUAAAAGUUAAUAUGAAGGAAUAUAGGUUGUUGAGAUAGAAAGUCUGAUUCAAUUUUUUAAAGAAAAAAUAGCUAACCAAGAGAGAACUUUCUAGCAUCUAACCUAUGAGGGAUUUAACUGUAUUUAAUCCUUCUUCGUUCUAAUAAACGAGCAAUCUAACAAAAUCAUUAGAACAUAGCUACUUUAAAGACAAAAAUCUACUAAAUUUACUUCUUACAGUAACGUGAGUGGCUAGGAAUUCAAGUCUUAUUCUUUUAACUAGAACAAGCAGACUUAGUUGGUGGACGAUGAUGAGCUAGACUUUCAAAUCCUGGUAAGACCUUCAGAGAUUGAGAGUAUUGAAGCAAUUUGGAAAGUUGCUGUAGAAGCCUCGGAUCCAACUGUUGUUGAAAAAUCUAUACAACUACUAAUAAAGCUUUACACUAAUGUAUCUUUCUUAUUGGUCGACUUACUGCCCUAAUUCGAUGAUGAAUUCCUAAGCAAAGUAGUGAUGAACAUCAACAGAUAUAGAGAGAUUAUUGCCAAUAGAGAUACUGCACCAAAAGAUGAAUACGAAAGAGUUGAAACUCCAUUGAAUCAAUUUUCGUCUAUUACGACUUCAAGCAUACAAAGAAUUCUUCCUCAAGAAGAAAAGAGGAUUCUCAGAUAUCUAAACCUCUUAAAAGACUAUAUAAGAUACUCUGAGUCAAUGGGCACUCUUGGAGUAUAGUCUCAUUAAAGUCUUUAAAAAGGCAGAAUUCUGAAUGCUGUUCAAGUUUCAAGCAACCUUGGCUAUAAUAAAGAAAGCAAGAAAUUCGAGCUAAGUGUUCAGAGUAAUAUGACUCUUUGGGAUUUUAGAGCUAUGGUUGGUAAACUAAAUCCAAUGUAUAGACUUGAUCAAAUAAGAGACACUGAUGGAAAUGUUUAACAGGAACAGAUAAUAUUCCCAUCGGGAGUCAGCAUUUACAGAUAUACAGGCGUUACUCUUUUGAAAGAUAUUGAUAACGGAAAGACUCUUCAUGAACUUAAAUUCAAAAACAAUGAGCAAUUAAAUGCUUUCUAAAACUCAGGAUACCUUAGCAAGGCAAUUUCUCUUUUAAAUGAAGAUAAAUCUGACUUCAAUGAAAAUACUAAGAAAGUAUUUGCCAGUAUUUUCUACUAGUACUCAAUAGAAGAUGAAGACUAGCCAGGCAAAAGAGUAAUGACCCCAGCUACUUGUGCUACUUUUACUAAGGCAUGCACCUUCGAGGAGCAUGUCACAGAAGAUGAUUAAAGAGUAAAAGGCCUGUUCGAUAUUUACGAUCUUGAUAUGGAUGGAAAGAUCACUUUUGAAGAAUUCCUUUUGUUUUACAAAAACUGCACCAUUGAUAAGGAAUAUGUUGUUAGAGAAAACCUCUAUGCAUUCAGAUAUACUUCUGAUUUGCUUCCAUUUAGAAAAGACGAGCUAAAUGCCACCUAUUUGACUCAGCAAAGACUAACAAUGGAAGAUAUGCCCAGAUACAGAUUAGCCAGAAAUGAUUAUUACUUCUCAUCACUGUUCAAAUUGCUAGAAAGCUAAAAUGAGAUUGCUACAAGUGCUUGGCAUCUGAUUAAGCAAUUGAGCACUAAACCUGAUCUCAUGUAAAAAAUUGAAAUGCUGAAUUAGAGGUCUGAUUUCAAAUGGGAGGAGAUAUUUGAUUAAAGCAAUAUCUACAAGAUGCUAUAUGUGCUUCAAAUAAUUGAAUCUCUCCUUGAAGAUAGCUCAGUCCUAGAUCUUAAUCAGUAGGAGGCAAGAGUCACAAAAAGUGACUGGAUUGAGAGGUUCCUCACUCUUGGGGGUUUCCAUGAAAUCCUCAAUAUGUUUGAAGCCUCACUCAAGCUACUACAGCAAAAACCAAUGGAUUUACUCUCUAAAUUUGAAAAGAGUUUCCUUGAGUAUAUGCUAAAGCUAAUCAGAAUAUUCAUCUUGUCUGCAUUCUCAGCUAAUGAUGCUAGCGUCUUUGACAUCAUUAAUCUUGUCAAGAAGUCUAGUUAAAUUGAUAAAGUAGAUGAAACCAAAAAGGAGGAGAAGUAAGAGAAACUUGAGGAUAAGAAAGAUUAGGAAGUUGAGGCAAACAAUGGAUAGUAAGAAGAUAUUUACACUACUCCCUCGAAAAAGAAUUAGCAAAAUGCCCCUGAGGUUAACACCUUCAAACAAAUAAACAUUGAUGAUAUUGAGAUUACUGAGGAAUUCUUGUUUGGAAAUGAUGGCACCAGCAAAAAUGAUGACAAAAAGAAUGCAACAGCCACACUGACUGAUAAAGAUAAAAAUUAAUCCUCAGCUUAAUAGUAAUAACUAGAAGAUGAUAAUGAGAGAUUUUCUGAACUCGCCAGAAUUAUGAGAGAAACUGGGCUAGGUGAAACCAUCUUAGAAAACAUCAACUUUAAAGAUCUAUAGAAUGAGAUUCUAGACGUAAUUUGCUUAAUUCUAGGAAAGAAAGAAAUAUCUAAUGAUGAUUUCUUGAUCAUGGAGAAUGUUCUGAGUCUUUGGCUAGCUAUCAUUGUUAAAAAUGAGGAUUUAAUAGAGGAGUUCUAUAAAUAUGAGAGGUCUGAGGAAAAAGCAGGUCCCUAUGGAAUACGCGAUGCAAAUGAGCUUGUCAUAAAUGGACUCUACACCUAUAAAAGUCCAAGAGUCAGAGAGGAAUUCUCUAAUGCUUUAUUCUGUGCUGCAUAAAAGGUGAAGAAGAACAAUGGCAGACUGAUCCUGAUUUACUUACUUGAACUUUUGCAUAAGAACUUCCCAAGAGAAGAUCAAUACUAUGCAACCAGAGAAUGCAAGCAGUUCUUUGACUUAUUCAUAGCCCUUGUUGAUGAGUAUGUUGUUUAUUAAUAACUCCCAAUCGAUAAGAAAGCAUUGCCUGAAUUCGAACUCUUAAAUGAACUUGACCCAUUCGAACUAUUGACAACAUCUAUCCAGAAAAUGUAAAAGCACUAGUCAAAGGAGAAGAAAGGUUCCUUGAUGGAGGAUAAAACUCUGAUUGGAUAUUUUAACUUAAUUGAAAAGUUACUUAGCUAUUUAAUGACUCUAAACAGGACUCAGCUUCAAGAUGUCAUUUCAGAGACAAAUUUGAUCCACGAGUUGUUUUAUGAGAAUCUAUUCUUUGAUCCAUAUUCAUUACUUAAGAUUGACAACAAAUCUAAAACUAAGGAAUCAAGGGCUGCUUGCUAUAGUCUUUUGCAAAAAGUAUUAGAAUGUCUGGCACCAAAAGAGCUAGCAGAUUUCAUGUAGAAUGACCUCUGGAAUGUCAUUAAAGAUUGGAAAAAGCCUAAGACUUGGAAAUACAUUCCAAGUGAAAACUAAAAGUAGUCAUAGUUCGUUGGAAUUACAAAUCUUGGAAAUAUUUGCUAUAUGAUAGCAAUGCUUCAAUAAUUCUUUAUGGUUCCUCAAUUCAGAUAUUAGCUUCUGAGAGCAGAAGAUGAUAGUCAACCUGAUAUGGUGACAUAUAAAGGAAUGGAAGUAGAUGACAACUUGCUAAGAUAGUUACAGAGACUAUUUGGCCACCUUGAGAUGUCUGAAAAGUAAGAAUUUAAUCCAGCUGAGUUUUGCUUUGCUUUCAAGGACUACGAGGGUAACCCCACAAACACUGCGAUUUAAUCAGACACUUAAGAGUUUCUAAAUAUCUUCUUCGAUAGACUUGAAAAUAUACUCAAGCCGACUUCGCAAAGAAAUCUACUGUAGAGUGUAUUUGGUGGUAAUUUCUGCAAUCAGCUAGUUUGCUAGUCAUGCCAUACUGUUAAGAACCUCAAAGAGAACUUCUACAACAUCAGUGUGCCAGUCAAAGAUAGAAAAAGUCUUGAGCAAAGUCUAUAGAAAUUGAUUGAGGGCUCAAUAAUUAACGAUUACAGGUGUGAUUCCUGUAAUCAAAAAGUAGAUGUUUUUAAGAGAUAGCUAAUCGCUGAAACCCCUAAUGUGCUGAUUGUUCAUCUUUAGAGAUUGGUGUUCAAUUUCGAUACAUUCUAAAAUGACAAGAUUAACUCAAGAUUUGAGUUCCCUAACAUCUUGAAUCUUAAAAACUACUCAUUCAAAGAUGCUAUGACUGAAGAAGGAAAGUACUAAGAAAAUGUUGAGGACGAAUACGUAAAGAGCUUAAUGGAGAUGAAGGAUCCUGAAUUCGUAUAUAAACUUGUAGGAGUUAUUAUUCACAGAGGUACUGGGCAGCAUGGUCAUUACUGGUCAUUGAUCAAUACGAAAAGAGGAAAGGAAGAAUCAGAUGAGACAAAGCCAGAGUGGGCAACUCCUGAAAGAGACUAAUGGAAAGAGUUCAACGACGAAAGUGUGAAGUUCUUCUCAUUUGCAGACUUGAAGACUGAAGCAUUUGGAGGCAAUCAAGAGACUGACUUUGUUAAUGACGAUGAAAUGAGUUCUUAUUUGAUGAAUUUCGGCGGAGGCUCAUCAUAUGGAAAGAAUGCAUAUAUGCUAGUUUAUGAAAGGCAACAAAAGAGAGAUCUAAUUGCAGUCUCCUCUGUAGAGAAAGAACAAAUGCCGUAAACAGAGGUUACUAGUGAGACUCUGGAAUGCGCUGAUACCGCAAAUUCUAGAGUUGAGGAAGAUAAGAUUGAAGUAAAAAUCCCUUAUCGCAAAGUAGAUUCCUACGUGCCUGAAUGGAUAAAGAGUGAAGUAAACUAUGAUAAUGUGAUAUUCUUGAUGGAUAGAUAUAUCUAUAAUGAGUCUUUCUUCAAUCUGCUUCGCUUUAUCUUCAAGCAUAUUGCUAAUAAAAUAGUGCUAUCCUAGCAUCAAUACAAGUUAGACUACUUGCCUAACUUUACAAGGCUGAAGAACAUCACUAUGAGGAUAGCUCACAAGUCUUUAUUCGAGUUUCUAGCUUACUACUAUUACAAUACUUAGCUGAGUGAUAUCACAACAAGUCUUCAAAGCAUAGUCUAAUUCUUAGAUUCUGGAUUUUCACUUAGCAGGAACUAAGAUUCCUUCUUACUUAAAUUCCUUAAGAAGGCCUUAGUUAAAGAUAACUGCGAGUAAUUCUACAAAGUAAUGUUUGAAUGCACUGAUAAAACUUCAAGGUAUUACUUGGGCAAAUUCAUUGCCUACUUAAUGAACAAAAUAUAUCAAAUUUAUGAUGAGGCUGAAAAUAAAGAAGCUGAAAGUUUAGUCAAACUUAAAGCACAAGCUGAUACUCUGUUGCUGAGCUUUAUCCUGAAGUUAGGAGAUAAUUAAAGCUAUCAAAACUGGUCGAGGCUAGAACAAUUCAUGAAGAUGUUAUUUGAUAUUGCGAAUGGCGGAAAGACCUAGGCUCAUAAGUUCUUAAGCCUACUUGAUGUUAUUCCACAUCUGAUGGAGUUCAUGCUUGGAAACAGAAGCCCAAUGGUCAAAAGAGGCAGUCAAAAGAAGUCACUUGCAGGCGAAGAGCCAUAUUUUGAGCCAAUAGUUCAACUUAUUUGCUUGCUGACAAGAUAUUGCAUGACAAGGCAAAUGAUUGAUAAUGAGAUGUUUUGGAAUGACUUAGAUAACCCAGUUCCCUCAACCUUGAUUGGCUACGAACUGUCAAAAAGAGGGGAUCAGACUACAUUUGAACUCAGCACCCAGACUAUUUACUACUUGGAUCAAUCCAUAUUUACAGACUAUAUUCAAUAUAUGGGCUUCGACACUGAAACAGUUGGAAUGUUCCUAGCUCAUCUGAGUUACAAAAACCUGCCAGCAACCAGAAGCAUCUGUGAGAGCCAGCUUAAAGGUAUUGCUAAGAAUGAUUUCGACAGAGUCAAGAACUAUCUCGAUGCAGUUACCAAGAUUGUGCUUGUUAAGGAUGAGCACUAAUCUACCAAGCUUGAGUGGAUAUUCGGAAUAGCUCAGCCUAUAUCAUACGAAAUUAUUAUGUCAGAUGAAGACAAGUUGAAUGAACCUAAGACUCGUCUCGGUGUGAAGGUGCUCUUCUCCCAGAAUGAUGAGGUGUUCACUUACAAGAGCUACCUGGCAACGCAGGAGAAUAUAGACUCACUUCUGCACCUGCUCUGGAGAUACAAGGGAAGAAUGGAUUCGUACACUGUUUCCUGUCUUCUCUCCCUACUAAAUAUCAUUGCAUCUGAUGACUUUGUGGCAGAGUAUUUCUCAAAUAUCCCAGGCCCUACUUAUCAAUAUGCUAGAUAUACUGAUUGGAUUAAGCCUUACUUAAAUGAGCAAUUAGUUGAUGCAAGAAAAGGUUAUGCAGGAAGUUUCUCGGCUUAAAAGGAAGAAAGCGCAGUGUCUGCUUUGUCUCUUUAUGAAAAAUAUGAGAAGUAUUUGGAGAAAAAAGACGGAAAGUCUCACAACUUAGAUUUACAAGUAGUUCCAGAGACCAUUAAUAACUCUCCUCUUAAAUCGAACUAGAAUUUCAUAGAAUCGAAUGAAGCCCAGAAUACAGUGGACUCGGUUGAGAUUGUGGAGGAAAACGUCAGAAAUCUGAUUAAUUCAAUUGUGGAUGGCACUCCUGGUAAAGUAUACACCCAAGCAUCUGACUAUAAUAAACAGUAAAAGGUCAUUCCAUGCCGUCCAUAGCAAUACUUGAUAGUAGAUGUGCUGACAGAGUAUGUUGCAGAUGAGGUCGAGCAGAAUGGAAUCAGGAUGACCAAGAUUGAGAUGGAUUGCUAAUACACAAUCAGCCAGCCUACUGGUAGAAACAAUCUCAGCAUGCCUAAGAAUCUGUUCAUCAAGGCUAAGAAGAACAACAACAACAAUAAUAACAUGACUUCUUAUCACAAGAACAAAGAGUAGGAACUGUAAGCGAAGUGCAUAAACAACUACUUCUAGUCAUCUACAUUCGCAAACAAAAACAAGAAGGAGGAUGGCACUGAUAAUAUCGGAGUCUAAGAAAGCAUGAUUGGAGCGAAGGUCAUCGCUGAUGAUGAUAAGCAAUGGAAAAAGGUCAAUAAUAUGGAUGUAAGUGACAUUGAUGAUGAGGAUACAGGCUAUUCCCAGGAUCAAGAAGAUGGAGCAACAGUCUAUCAAAGGAAGGAAGCAGAAAAUAACGCUUAUUCAGCUUAAAAGGAUUCUGAGUAAAUGGAAAAGGAGGAGCCAAAGAGACAGAAUAGUGGCAUUGACGACCAAUUGUACGAAACCUACGACAUGAACUUAGACAACAACGAUGGAAAGAAUAGAUAUGAUGAUGAGGAGGUAGAGCGCAAUUAGAGCUAUCAGCAAAAGCAGGUGCAGUAUAACAUCAAAGUAGUACCUUCAGAUGAUUUUGGAAAUAACGAAGAUAUCAAGAUAGAGGGAGAGGUUGAAUACAAUUAGAUUGGAAAUCAAGAAUAUGAAAACCAGAAUGAAUAUCAAGAUGAUUAGCAGGCACUGCCAGAGUCAAAUCCCUAGAUGCCAGAGCUAAUUGAAGAAAUCAAGUGGCCUAACGAACUCAAAUAUAGUCAAGCAUUAGUGUAGAAGUACGUUGCUCACAACUUGGAACGAUUCCCAGUGAAACUGAUAUUCUUCUUUUUAGAGGAUAUUGUCUUAGAAGAUGAAUUUGAGUAUCCCAGAUUCAACUACCCUAAGGGACAAUUAGAGGUCAUAUUAAGUCCUCAAUAAAGCAAAACACUGCUCAUUCUAUAGCAGAUAGAUCCUACCAAUAUCAACGCUCAAGAAAAAUCAUUUAGGUAUUCUGUUGUUCAGCUUGAUUCUAACUUCAAUGAAUAUAUUGACCUUGGAAUUAACAAGCAGUAGAACAGUGAAUAGUAGUAAUAGGAGCAGCCAACUUCAUAGCCAUUGCAGGUAAUUGAGGAAUCAGAUGACGUCAACAAUGAGAACAUGUAUUCUAAGUUGAAUGUUUCCGACUCAAAUAUCAAUGAUGGCAAUGACCAAGCUGUUGGUGGUAGCGAUAAUUUCGGUAUAGACGGUUUAGAUGAAGGAGCUAUGAAGGAUUGCCCUGCUUGUACCUACCUUUAGAGUGCUACUAACAUUGUCUGCGAGAUUUGUGAAACUCAGUUAUGA